AUGCUGCCGCGUCCCCGGGAAACUUGGGGAUACCGCGGCGUCCGCGCGCACCCCUCCGGUGGCUUCUCCACCGAGAUCCGGUUCCUCGGGAUGCGCCUCGGUCUCGCCAAUUUCGACACCACCAACGAGGCCGCCCGCGCGUACGACGCGGCGGCGUGGCGCCUCCGAUGGCCUCAUAGAACUUUGAACUUCCCCAACGUGCCGACGCGGGAGCAGGCACAGGAGCUUGCGCCUCUGCCGUGGCUUAUCACCGACGAGGAUCAUCGUGAUAACUGGAGGCGGGAGCACCGUCUCGGCAUCACCGAGAUGGAUGAGGAAGCCAUGGCGUUGUGCACUCUGGGCCCGCAAAAACUGGCUAUUCCGGCGCUGUAA